UACAAAGCAGGCUAUCUCCCAAGUGUAAAAGGGUGUAGGGGGGCUACCAGGAUCCCCCUACCCACAGUACUGUCAGUGCCAUGUGUGAUGCCCGUGGCCACAGAGUUCCUAGAAACUCCCAUGACCCCCCCUCUGCCAUGUCUGCAACUCUCUGUGGGAUACCCAGCCUCCUUUUUUUCUGGCAGACCCCAAGCCUCACGCCAUCCUCCAGCUCUUCAACCGUGGCCAUAGCCCUUGAACGUUAACCUCAGCCUGGCCAGACCCAUUUCCUUCCCGGAUGCCUAGCUUUCUGCGGGUCUGGGGUCCUGAGGUGGCUGGCAGACAGACUAUGGGUACAACGGCGAGCGCGGCCCAGCAGACAGUCUCGGCUGGCUCCUCCUUAGAGGGCCUGCAAGGCGGCAGCGCCAUGGAUGGCAGGCAUUCCCUCAGCGUGCAGUCCUUCCAUACCACAAGCUUGCACAACAGCAAGGCCAAGUCCAUCAUCCCCAACAAGGUGGCCCCUGUUGUGAUCACAUACAACUGCAAAGAGGAGUUCCAGAUCCAUGAUGAGCUGCUCAAGGCCCAUUACAGGAUGGGCAGGCUCUCAGAUGCCACCCCUGAGCACUACCUAGUGCAGGGCCGCUAUUUCCUGGUGCGUGACGUCACUGAGAAGAUGGACACGCUGCGCACCUUGGGGAGCUGUGGGGCUCCCAACUUCCGGCAGGUGCAGGGCGGACUCCCUGUGUUUGGCAUGGGACAGCCCAGCCUCCUGGGGUUCAGGAAGGUCCUGCAGAAACUCCAGAAGGACGGGCACAAGGAGUGCAUCAUCUUCUGUGUGCGGGAGGAGCCUGUGCUGUUCUUGCGCGCCGAGGAGGACUUCGUGUCCUACACACCUCGAGACAAGGAGAGCCUUCAUGAGAACCUCAGGGGCCCUGGGCCAGGGGUCAAGGCUGAGAGCCUGGAGCUGGCCAUCCGGAAAGAGAUCCACGACUUUGCCCAGCUGAGAGAGAACACGUACCACGUGUACCACAACAUAGAGGACCUGCGUGGGGAGCCGCACACUGUGGCCAUCCGAGGUGAGGAUGAUGUGCACGUGACCGAGGAGGUGUAUAAGCGGCCGCUGUUCCUGCAGCCCACCUACAGGUAUCACCGUCUCCCCCUGCCAGAGCAAGGGGCACCCCUGGAAGCCCAGUUUGAUGCCUUUGUUAGUGUCCUCCGGGAGACCCCCAGCCUCCUGCGGCUCCGAGAUACCCACGGGCUUCCCCCUGCUUUCCUGUUCAGCUGCCAGUCAGGUGUGGGCAGGACCAACCUGGGCAUGGUCCUGGGUACCCUUGUGCUGUCCCACUACAGUAGAACCACCUCCCAGCCAGAGGCUGCCUCCUUGCUGACCAAACCCCUGCCCAUGGAGCAGUUUCAAGUGAUUCAAGGCUUCAUCAGCAUGGUGCCCCAGGGGAGGAAGAUGGUAGAGGAGGUGGAUCGAGCUGUCACUGCCUGUGCAGAGUUACAUGACCUGAAGGAAGAGGUCCUAAAGAACCAGAGGAAGCUGGAAGACAUCCGGCCAGAGAGCCCAGCACAGGAAAGUGGUACCCAGCAUGCUGUCCAACAGAGGGCGCUGCGGAGCCUGGAGCUGUACUUCUACCUGAUCCUGUUUAACUACUACCUGCAUGAGCAGUACCCCCUGGCCUUUGCCCUCAGUUUCAGUCGAUGGCUGUGUACCCACCCUGAGCUGUACCGUCUGCCCGUGACGCUGAGUUCAGUGGGGCCCAUGGCCCCUGGGGACCUCAUCGCCAAGGGCUCCCUGGAAGCAGACGAUCUUGUUUCCCCGGAUGAGCUCAGCACCGUCAGAGAGAUGGAUGUAGCCAACUUCCGGCGUGUACCCCGCAUGCCCAUCUAUGGCACCGCCCAGCCCAGUGCCAAGGCUCUAGGCAGCAUCCUGGCCUACCUGUCUGAUGCCAAGAGGAAGCUACGGCAGGUGGUCUGGAUCAACCUGAGGGAGGAAGUUGUACUGGAGUGUGAUGGUCACAUCCACAGCCUGUGGCCACCCGGACCAACCCUGGCCCCUGAGCAGCUGGAGGCCCUGGAGGCCCAGCUGAAGACCCACCUGAGUGCUCCUGCCCCCAACACGAAGAACCCUACCACCCCCAGGUUCCAGAAGUGCCUGACCACACAGGAGGUCUUCAGCCAGCACCAGGGGGCCUGCCUUGGCCUUACCUACCACCGUGUUCCCAUACCAGACUUCUGCGCCCCACGGGAGGAGGCAAAGGCCACCAAAGAGGCCCAGGAAGCUCGGAGAUUGCAGCUGCGGAGCUUGCAGUAUCUGGAGCGUUACAUCUACCUGAUACUCUUCAAUGCCUACCUCCGCCUGGAGAAAGCCAGCUCCUGGCAGAGGCCCUUCAGCACCUGGAUGCGGGAGGUGGCAACCAAAGCUGGCAUAUACGAGAUCCUCAACCAACUGGGCUUCCCUGAGCUGGAAAGCGUGGAAGACCAGCCCCUGUCAAGGCUCCGCCACCGCUGGCGGGAACAGAGCCGAGACCCCGAGGCCUGUGACGUUGGGGACUUCCUGUAGACCUUCUUCUUGCUCCAUGACAGGCAGGCUGGGGGGCCUGAGGCUCUCGUGGCUCCAGAUGAACACUGGCCAGCUUCCUGGAGAGAGAGCUCCAGGGGCCAAGAGAGCCUUUGGAAAGAGGUGUUUGUAGGAUGUCUAGAUGGCACAGCCAUCCUCUGUAAACUCUUGGGGUCUGGAAUGGCCUCUGGCAAGGCCCAGCAUGUGUACCUCACAGACCAGCUAGCGAACAAGCCUCCAGGGAGCCCGCUCCCCACACAGCCGGUCACCACACUGUCCUCUUCUGACUGUUGGUCAUCAGACUGCCUAGGUGGGCAGCAGGCUGGCCAUGUUCGGUUUUGUUUUUUUUUUUUUGGGGGGG